CUCCGCUCAGAGAGCAGACCAAUCCAGUUCCUUUCAUCGCACUGACUCAGCGACUCUCUCUUCAUCCAACCAACUUUAGUGGUUCACAUUUUUGAGAUUCUCUUCGGACACAAGAAAAAGUGACUGUAUAAAGGAGAACAGUGGUUUUAUUUAAGGAUGCAUUCGGUUAUCUGGCUUUUCGGUGCCUUCAUAGCAGCCGUGAUGUUUUCUCCAGGGAGCUGCACAGAGACGGUUAUAGGUCUGUACGGUGAGACCAUUGAAGUGCCAUGCAACAAUGGAAAUAACAAGCCAGAUGGCCUUAUUUUCACCAAAUGGAAAUACUUGAAAGAUGAUCGUUCUUCGGGCGAUCUUCUUGUGAAGCAGGCGCAGAAGAAAGAAGCGUUGAUUUUCGCCACAGACGGCUACAAAAACAGAGUCAGCAUUUCCAACAACUCCAUGCUGCAGAUCACCCAGGGCACGCUGGCCGAUCAGAGAGUUUUCACCUGCAUUGUAGUGUCUUCAUCCAACCUAAACGAAUACCCAGUGGAAGUGAAAAUUUACAAGAAACCAUCAGCUCCUGUGAUCAAAAACAAAGUGAAAGAACUUGAAAACGGCAAACUGACGAAGUUGGGGGAUUGUGUGGUGGAGAGUGUCAACCCAGCAGUGGAUCUCAUUUGGAUGAAAAACAACGAGUCUAUAGUGGAUGAUGGCAAGACGAUCAUUAUCACAUCUACUGUCACCAAGGAGCCAGCCACUGGUCUCUCCAGCACCUCUUCCAGUCUGCAGUACACAGCCAGGAAAGAUGAUGUGACAUCACAGUUCACCUGCAUGGCGAUACAUGUGUUGGGACCCAACCAGUUUUCAGCACCAGAGACCUACCAAAUUCAUUACCCUACAGAGAAGGUGAGUCUACAGGUUGUCUCUCAGAGCCCCAUUAGGGAAGGUGAUAACGUGACACUAAAAUGCCAGGCAGACGGAAACCCUCCUCCAACCAGCUUCAACUUCAACAUUAAGGGUCAGAAGGUCACAGUAACGAACAAGGAUGUGUACACCCUGACUGGUGUCACCCGAGCCGACUCUGGCGUGUAUAAAUGUUCCUUGCUUGACAAAGAAGAGAUGGAGUCGACUCAGAUCAUCACAGUGAGCUUUCUGGAUGUAAGCCUCAUUCCUACUGGAAAGGUGUUAAAGAUGUUUGGGGAAAGCUUGGUGGUGACGUUGGAAAAGAACGCCUCCACCGAAGCAAAAGUGACAUGGACUAAGGACAACCGUAAACUAGAGAAUCUGACCAGCUUCUCUAAAUUGACGUAUGCUGAUGCAGGCCUAUACGUGUGCGACGUGUCCAUUGAUGGAAUCAGACGCAGCUUGUCCUUUGAUCUUACAGUAGAAGGUACCCCAAGAAUUGUGAGUUUGACGAAGCAUCGCAGCAACAACGGCAAAAACAAAAUCCUGACAUGCGAGGCAGAGGGAUUGCCUAAACCUGAAGUGCAAUGGAGCGUCAAUGGAACUAAUGAUGAGAUGACAUACGUCAAUGGGAAGGCCACGUAUAAACUGACCGUAAAGCCCAGUAAGAACCUCACUGUCACCUGUCAUGUGACCAACAAACUAGGAUAUGACAUGAAGGACAUCAGCGUGUUUACUCUAUUUAAAGAGGAGACGUCCAAUGCAGAAAAAAAUGAAGAUGUAGCAGAGCAGGCCAAGCUGAUAGGGGGUGUAUUGGUUGGGCUCUUCCUGGCCGCUGGUCUGGUGGGACUCACCUACUGGAUCUAUAUAAAGAAAUCAAGACAAGGCAGCUGGAAGACUGGAGAGAAGGAGGCGGGCACGUCAGAGGAGAGUAAGAAACUGGAGGAGAACAAUCAUAAAGCAGAUGUCUAGAGGAGAGCCGUCAAGAAGACAAAAAAGGUAUGAACCAGGAAAGAGGCCUUGUCACACUGAAUGUGCUGUACUACACUUCAAUCAUCUAAUUCCAGACAUCUGAUUGGACGCACACGCCUCAGUCAGGCUGCUCGCGUGUGUCCUGCAUCGCAGAAUGUUUCCACAAUAUUUCCUAAUCCAAAUAAUAAUAAUCCUCCACCACAAUCCAAGAGUGUAAAAGAAAACCACUUGUGUUGUAAAUUUAGUCUGCACAGAGGACUGCAUUUAGUUUAAUUUGAUUCUUAAUUUUGUUUUUGUGUUCCCAGUGAAUGUUCUCGUUUCAUGCGCAUUGCUGAUGUGGUGGACACAGCUAUUUUUCUUUCCCCUAGAGUAAAAAUGUAAAUUCACUGUACACUUUUUAGGCCUGUGUAAAUAAAGCAAGUACAGUAUGUUCUCUCCUUAAAGUCUACGUUUGGGGGACUCGAUAGAGCUAGUCCCUUGUCUGAAUUGAAGUGGUCCUGAGAUGGCGGUCGGAUUCUAGAAGUAUGAUGACUUCACUGCUGUUACACCUUCUGUUCUCUCUGAAACAUGUUUAUGUCUAUCUCAUGUUUUAUUUAUUGGUACCUCUUUUCAAUGCUGCCCUAUGAAGUUCAUGUGUAAUAUUUCCUCUAGAUUACUGUAGAGAGGCUAAGAGUAAACAGGUUUAGGUUUCUGAUUAAUGGACAAUAAGUAUAGCUUGGGAAAUGUCCUGCUACACCCCGUGACCUUCAGAUUGCAUGAUGUCAUAUCUGCAUAGGGCUACACAGAACACAGUCCACUAGUGUUUAGCGAAGUGCAUAAAUGAUUACAAGGGACUAAUGUGAAACAUAAUGUUUGUUAGAGCCGAACAUUGAUGCUUAUGGGGUGAAUCUCGAUUUGUCAAGAACAUGUCUGGGUUGUAUUUGAAAAAUUAUAAUGAAAUGGCUCGAUUCAGUUUCUUUAUACAAAAAAUAUUUUGAUUUUAGGGUGAAAUGUGAGAGAUCUGGACAGGUUUAUUUAUUUAUAUUUUUGGCAAGAUUCACCCCUUAAAGUCCCCUCUCUGAAAUUAACUGGGCUGUAGAAACACUGUAUGCAGGGCCUUUGGUUUUGUUGCUAGCCUUAAUAGAAUGAGUCAGUAUUUGUGUUGGAAGGCGUACUUCAGUUAGUGCAUUAAUGUGAAACCUCACCAGUUUGAUGGGAUUUUCUCAUUUCUCAAAAUAACUUUAUAGCUCUUCAUCAAGUAGUUUUGCACUCCCCUCAGACUACAAAUAAACUACAUCUUUUUUUGUUUUAGCAAAUGUUUCAUGUUCUGUUUACUCGUUAUACUGUGGUAGGUCUAUAUCUAAGUCAGGUUGAUGUCAAACACUGUAGUCUACGAAACAUUUUUCCGUUCAUAGUGUUCUGAUUCAGCGUGCUGUAAAUAUGUUUGAGUCUGAAUGUCUAGCAUAUGUUUGGCUAUUUAUAAAAUGGGAGACAUGCAAGGUUAACUGCAAUAGUUAAGUCAAUAAAGAGCUAAAAUCCAUGUUUUUAUUUAAAUAUUUGAAAUGUACAAUCUCACUUUGUUGCAUGGUGUGGAGAUAUCUAGAAGUGAUUCAGUUUAUUUUUGUCUCCAUACCAGUCCUUACAGAUUUUGUUGAAGAAUGUUCAUGUUACGUGUAAUUGGCUAAUUGUUUCAUGAAUAUUUUGAACCAUCAGGUCAGCAGUGAAACCAAAGAGGGUAACCGAAAAGAAGGCCAUAAAAGUAUUGUAAAUAUUGACUUUUGUUUUUGUACUUUUGUUGACAAUAAAGUGUACAUUUUGAAGAAAAUUCUGGAUUUUUGUUUUUGGGAAGUCACUAAACAGCACCAAUUUUGUGUGUGGUAUAUCAGUAGCCAAUCCUGUUAAACCAGGCACUAAAUGUGUUAAAAUAUUGAAAGCUUUGCACAGGAACAAUGUGGCAAAGCUCGCAAACACAUCUCCUUUCUAAGUAAAAUGGGCUAAUUUUUGAGUACGCCUAAUUCACAAAAGGGAUACGUGCCUGUACUU